AUGGAAAUCCACUUAAGAUAUGAAAAGCCAUUUUGUAAAGGUUUGAUAAAGGUGGAAAUUCUUGCAUGUGCCGAAAAAGCGAAUGUUAUGGGUAGUUCAAUAAGUGUGACGGAACAUUUCGGAGUACCAAUCCAUGAUGUGGACAUGGUAAUGGCAUCAUUAGAGAACGCUUUGGCUUCUACAGGCGGAUUCUGUGUCGGACGAUCGUAUGUCGUUGGUCACCAGCGAUUGUCCGGAUUAGGAUAUUGUUUUUCGGCUUCUCUCCCUCCGUUGUUAGCUACAGCUGCCAACGAAGGUUUACGAAUUAUUAAUGAGGAACCGGAUAGAGUCACAAGAGUUCAGCGGUUUGCUGUUGUUAUACAUCGUGGGUUGAGUGCCGCUUUUGAGGGAACCAAUUUCAUCGUGCAAGGUGUGGAACUAAGUCCAAUGAAGCAUAUCAUAUAUGACGGCGAGGAAGCCGAAAAGAAAUUGGAUCAACUCGUUGCUAAGCUAUUCGAUGAGGCUGCGAUCAUGAUCACACGUGCUCGAUAUUUGGAACAUGAAGAGAUGCUUCCAGUUCUCCCGAGUGCUCGUCUUAUGGUUCAAUCUGAAAUGACCGAACAUGAAAUCGAACAUGCUUUGUCGGCCAUUGCUAAGGCUGUAGCGGAACUGUGA